AUGAGGGAGAUGAAAUGCAAACAGGCUGAGCAGGAGCAGAAACGAUUAGAGGAAAUGUUAAUCCGGCAGAAGGAGGAAGAGGAGAGACGGCUGGAGGAGGAGAGGAUGUUGUAUGAGAUGGCUGAACAUGAGAGGAUAGCUUACGAGAAAAAGAAAAAGGAAGACGCUGAGAGACGGAAAAAAGAGGAGGAGGCCGCAAGAAUUCGGCGUGAGGAAGAAGCUGCGCGUGCCCUGGAAGAAGCACGGAAGUUGGCCGAGGAAAUGGCUCGGAAACAAGCGGAACUGGAGGCAAGGUUAAAGUUCAACCGGGAGCUAAUGCUAGAGGCCAAAGGUCUAGGUCACACACAGGAUAUUACGCGAGCUUUUGUCUACUCGUAUUUCGAACUCCUGCAGUGGUUAGGCCUGGACAUCCCAGAAUUUGACUUGCAGAAACUUCAAGCUAAGUUUUGACCUAUUUUAUGUGUUACUUGUGUUAUGACUUGAUUUGCAAGGCUAUGUUUUUCAAUCAUUUUCAUGAUUUUGACAUUCAAAAUCUUUUGAAAUGUUUUUAAUGUUUCGAAAUGUUAAGAGACAGUGUUAGAGUCUGCAAAUUGCUGGAUGAUUGGCAAUGUUUCGAAAUGUGUAGCAUGGUUGUUGUUGUUUUUUUUUACUUCAUUUUUUUCUUGUUAUGAUUUUUCCAUUGCCUUAUUCUUUUGAACAAUUCAUUUAUCACUUUACAAUGAACUAAAUCUCGACCAUUUUAUGUCUAAAGUUGUGAAGAACUGCAUUCUGAUCAAGUUUCACCAUAUGCAACACUGCUCAGACUUUUGCUCAACCUGUGCCAGUGUUUUAGUUAUUCAUAAGGCGCAUAUUCUAAUUGUAUCUGUCAUUUAUUUUUUGAGUUUUGUCAUUUUCAUUAAAUUUUCUCGUAGAGGGGAUAUGUUUACAUGUAUUUCAUUUGUACACUAACUUGUUUUUUUAUUUAAUACAAUUACGUGUUGUGCUCAAACACCUUUUACCAUCUGAUAUGAUAUGGCAGUUGUUUAACCAUAUUACACAUGUUGUUGUUCACUAGUUGUCUUCAGUCAGAAAUCUGAUAAAUUUUGUCUUUAAAACCUUUUACCACUAAUGCCUUUUAUACUGUUUAUGUAAAAACAUGUGUAUUUUUUUUCCUUUUGGUUUACUCCCAGUUUUCUUCAUCCAUAAACCUGAUCACAUGAGUUAUAAUACAUAUGCAUAUGUGUUGUCAGAUAAAUUCAUAAAUUGGUUUGCUUUUUGCUUGUGACGCGUAACUCUGAAAAUUGCUCAGAUCUUCUGGUUGAUCAACCAGUUUUUUGAUAUCCUAUUUGUUAACAUGGACCAUCCACUCAGUGACAUCCAUUUUUUUGUGGAUGUUACAACUAUUGAAAUUUGUGCUUGUUUCCAUAUGGGAUUUAUUAAAUAUUAAAUAUUUUUUUAUUAUGAUUGUCCAAGUGCCUGAUGCUGUGUAAUGAUGAACUUGCUGAUUUGAAAAUGCUGACUUUAAUGCAUCUGUGAUAAAUUUACAAACUGUUUAUGAACUCUACAUGUUGCAUUAAUCAUUAACAGUAUUAUAUAUAUGGAAGUUAAAAACAGAAAUACAACUUCAGCAAAGAAAUGAGGCCAGGGUAACAAAGCAGAACACCUGUUUAGCUGUCACAGUCUAGAGCUGAAGGAAGUACUUGAUUAUAUCGGCAGACACUAAAAUUACCAGGGACGUGUUUCACAAAGGUAUUUGAGCUUUAGCCGAAAGUUGUACCCUAUUUCCUCGACCUUUUCGCAUAUGAAAGAGCAAUUAUCAGUGAAAUUUCAUUUGAUUUUAGGAACAAAGCUACAUUGGUUGGAUUAGCCAAUUUCAGAGCUUCACAAAAAGUGUAAUUUUAUCAGUCUGCACCCAAUAUUACCUUCAGAGUAAGCUUGAAUAAACAGCUUGCAAUUAUGCAAAAAGGGCGAAGAAUUACUGUAAUCCAAAUUAAACUCGUAAAUAUAUAGAUUCAGUCGAUACAAUUUCGAUUUUAAACAUUUCAGCAUAGCCAGUGUAAAUGUGACAAACUUUAACUUAUGCCGACAUAGAAGGAACACAUCGAAUUUGAUUGAGAUUGUGUUAAAGGGUAUACAGGUAAAACUUUCAGCAGCCCAAAUCACAACUCACAGAAGGAAUCAUGGACUGGGUAAAAAACGUUACAGUAUUAUUGAAAUCCAUAUUUUCUAUCCAUGAGUGUACAGUGUUGGAAAGGGCAAAAUAAAACUAUGUUGUAAGUUCAUAAUAUUAUAAUGUACUUGUCAAAUGACUGCUGGGUUAGAAGUUUGAACAGACUUAUUAAAAGUAGAUAUACAGGUAGAUAUAAUGUGAAAGAUACUGUACAUGUAUUAACUGUUAGGAGAUUUGACCUUUGCAAUGAAGGUCAUAAAACUGUUUUAAAACUAAAACUGAGCACUUUAUUUAUCAGAGAAACAUGGCUUCAAUCAUUAAUUAAAUCUUCACACUUUUAUUAUCGCUUGUCUGUGAUCUUGUUGUAAUUAAUUUAUUGAAUGAUUGCCUGUAGUCUUCAACAUUGCAGUUUAUCCAACGAUCUUCAUCAUGCUUUGAGUAAAUUGAGUGUUAAUUUAAUCAAAUUAAAAUGAUAUAGAUUUAAGCUUACUGGGAAGUGUGUGAUAUUUUGAUAUUGGUGGAAGGAACCUGUUUCAGUAUUUUCAAGUUUUGAAUUAAAAUUUUAUGUUUUAUUGCUCUUCUACAUUUUUUAAGUAUCACUUAAAUUAUGAAAAUUGAGUUUGAUAUGGCUGAAUUUUUAUGCAGUUUUAUAUUUUUAUGUGCUUCAUAAGUGGAAAAACAUGUAUGUUGUCCUAUGCUGCUAGUAAGAGUAGUAUUACCUAACUUACAGUAUUAAGCUUAUUGGUGUGAUUUUAAUGCAUGACAUUUCUAUCUUUAAUUCAUUGAUAUCUAUAAUAAUUGAUAUUUCGGACAGGUACAGGGUUGAUUAAAAGUGAUACUUCCAUUGACGUGGAAAUUUAAGAUAACAACCUAAACUUCAAUACAUUUACAUUAUAUGAUAUGCAGGAAUUGUUUGCUUCGCGUGUCUUAUAGUCUUAUUGCUGGAGUAAAGCUUUCAGCAUGCAUGCACUCUGUUUACCACUCUGACAACGAAAGAAAGUUAUGUCUUUGUUUAGUUUACGACUUAUUUUUUUAUUUAUUUAUUUGAUUGGUGUUGUACGCCGUACUCAAGGAUAUUUUACUUAUAAAAAUACGGCAGCCAGUAUUAUGGUGAGAGUAAACCGGGCAGAGCCUGAUGGAAACCCACAAUCAUCCGUGUACGGUCGGAGAGGAAGCCAGCAUGAACUGGACUUGAACUCACAGCGACCACAUUGGUGAGAGGAUCCAGGAUCAUUACUCUGUGCCAGUGCGCUAACUAAUUGACAUAUUUUUUCAGAAUGUUAGCGACAGAGAACCCCGACUUAUUUUAGAAUUUCAACAUGUGUACAGGUGAAAGUGAUAAUGUUACUGUCCUCUGCAUUGUUGAUUCUGGCAUGUUGAUGGUAUAUUUUGUUGGCAUGACAAAACGUUACUGGUGGUGUCUGAUGAAUCAAAUGUACAUAGCAAAUGUACAUUGUGGGUAAAUGUACACAUGGCGGAGAUGUUUUUUGGGGGUGGUCACAUUUAAGCAUGAAAUGUUGAAAGUGCUCUGCAGGUGUUGUUGAUAGCCUUCUUAUAAUUAAUAAUAAUAAAUUUUAGUACAUUUCCCCAGAGGGUAAAAACACAAAAAAUCAGCAGGUUCUUCUUGAGACUCUCAAUGACAUAGUAUAUUAUACAGUACACAUGCUUAAUACAAAAAUAGUAGGAUAAAGAAUGUCCAAAGCAAAGUUCAAAACUGUAUAUACUGAAGCAGCCCUAACAUGGUACACAGCAUAUUGCAUGCAUAGAGGUACACCUGUCAGAUACAUUGUUAAUGAUGAUUACAUUCAUGAGUUGUGUUGUAGACAUGAAUGGUUGAGCAGAACACGGGGCCUCCGUGGCUCAGUCGAUUAGCACGCUAGCGCAGCGUAA